UGGAGGAACUGUCAUAUUUUUUGGGAAUGAGAGUUCCGUGAGAUUGAAGAAAAAAAAUACUAAUAGUCUAUUUAUACUCCAAUAGCUUCUAAGUUCUACUAGUAUUCUAUUUAUACUCCAGUAGCUUCAAAUGAUAUCUGAAUUGGUUCAUAGAAGAUCAAACCUCCACACAUAAAUUUCAUUUGGGCAAUCUGAAUUAGAGUAUUACCUUUUCACUCUGUCAUGGAGGAAGGGUUGGAGGCAGAUGAUUCUAUUGUGAGGUCACUGAACAACAGCACAAGGAUGAGCAUAGGAUCUUGGAGCAGGAGGAGUUGGGCCUCAGUAACUGUUCCUGAGCUCUGGAGUGGGCAUGGUGGGGAUGUGUUUGAAGGGAGCAUGAGGAGGGAGGUUGAUGAUGAGGAAGAGCUGAAGUGGGCUGCCAUAGAGAGGCUUCCAACAUUUGAAAGGAUGAGGAAGAGCAUAGUGAAACAGGCUUUGGAGAGUGGAAGGUUCAACUAUGAGGAGGUUGACAUAUGCAAGCUUGGUAUGCAAGACAGAAAGACACUCCUUGAUGGUAUUCUAAGGAUUGUUGAAGAAGAUAAUGAGAAGUUCCUCUCCAAGAUGAGGGAGAGGAUUGAUAGGGUCGGUAUAGAGAUUCCUAAGGUUGAGGUUAGAUUUGAGCAUUUGAAUGUAGAUGGGGAUGCAUUUAAUGGAACCAGAGCACUUCCCACACUUGUGAAUUCCACCAUGAAUGCGAUAGAGAGAGUUCUUGGAUCAAUAAAGCUUCUCCCCUCAAGGAAAUGUGUUGUCAAGAUACUUCAAGAUGUUAGUGGAAUCGUCAGGCCAGCAAGGGUGACAUUGCUUUUGGGGCCUCCAGGAUCAGGAAAAACCACAUUGCUGCAGGCACUUGCAGGGAAACUGGACAAGGAUUUAAGGGUAUCAGGAAGAGUCACCUACUGUGGUCAUGAGUUACCAGAAUUUGUUCCUCAAAGGACAUGUGCUUAUAUUAGUCAGCAUAAUCUUCAUCAUGGAGAGAUGACAGUCAGAGAGACACUGAACUUCUCUGGACGCUGCUUGGGAGUUGGAACAAGGCAUGAUCUGCUUGUAGAAUUGACAAGGCGAGAAAAGCAAGAAGGAGUCAAACCAGAUCCUGAGAUAGAUGCUUUCAUGAAAGCCACCGCGAUGGAAGGUCAAGAAACAAGUCUCAUUACAGAUUAUGUUCUCAAGAUUCUUGGAUUGGAACUAUGUGCUGAUACUAUGGUGGGAGAUGAGAUGAGAAGGGGAAUAUCUGGUGGAGAAAAAAAGCGGUUGACUACUGGUGAGAUGUUGGUAGGACCUGCAAAAGUUUUUUUGAUGGAUGAGAUUUCAACUGGUUUGGAUAGUUCCACAACCUUCCAAAUUGUUAGGUCCUUGAGUCAGCUAGUUCAUAUCAUGGAUGUUACAAUGAUAAUCUCUCUUUUACAACCUGCACCAGAAACAUUUGAGUUUUUUGAUGACAUAAUCCUACUUUCAGAAGGUCAGAUUGUGUACCAAGGUCCACGUGAGAAUGUUCUCAACUUUUUUGAGAGUGUGGGCUUCAAAUGCCCUGAAAGGAAAGGAGUUGCAGAUUUUUUACAGGAAGUUACUUCAAGAAAGGACCAAGAACAGUACUGGUUCAUGAGGGACAAACCUUACCAUUAUGUCAGUGUGCCUGAGUUUGUAACUCACUUCAAUAAUUAUAGCAUUGGUCAAGGACUUUCUGAAGAGCUUCAGGUUCCUUAUGACCGUUCAAAAACUCAUCCUGCUGCAUUGGUUAAAGAUAAAUAUGGGAUCUCAAAAUCAGAACUCUUCAAGGCAUGUUUUGCAAGAGAGUGGCUACUUUUGAAACGCAGUGCUUUUAUAUACAUAUUUAAGACUACUCAGAUUAUGAUAAUGUCUUUGAUUACCAUGACAGUGUUUUUUAGAACAGAAAUGAAACAUGGCCAGCUUGAGGAUGGGAGAAAAUUUUAUGGUGCACUGUUUUUCAGUCUCAUUAAUAUAAUGUUCAACGGAAUGGCUGAGCUUGCAAUGACUAUUUUUAGACUCCCUGUGUUCUUCAAGCAGAGAGAUUCAUUAUUCUAUCCGGCAUGGGCUUUUGCACUGCCCAUAUGGAUCUUCCGGAUCCCUCUCUCUUUAGCAGAGUCAGGAUUAUGGGUAGUCCUUACUUAUUACACUAUAGGGUUUGCUCCAGCUGCAAGCAGAUUCUUUCGUCAGUUAUUAGCAUUCUUCUGCGUUCAUCAGAUGGGUUUGUCUCUAUUCCGAUUCAUUGCUGCUGUUGGAAGGACACAAAUUGUGGCAAAUACACUUGGUACCUUUAUACUACUAGUAGUUUUUGUACUUGGUGGGUUUAUCAUUGCCAGAGAUAACAUUGAACCGUGGAUGAUAUGGGGUUAUUAUGCUUCUCCUAUGAUGUAUGGUCAGAAUGCCAUUGCCAUCAAUGAGUUCCUUGACGAGAGAUGGAGCGCGCCUAAUCUGGACCCAAGAGUCCCUGAGCCCACAGUUGGGAAGGCUCUUCUUAAGGCUAGAAGCAUGUUUACAGAAGAAUAUUGGUACUGGAUUUGUGUUGGUGUUCUCCUAGGCUUUUCUCUGCUUUUCAACAUUUGUUUUAUUGCUGCUCUAACAUUUCUGAACCCAUUUGGAGAUUCUAAAUCUAUUGUUGUGGAGGAUGAAGAUGAGAAAAAGGGAACUGGAAAAAAGAGUUUUGUUUCAACUGCUAAAUCGUUCGAGCACACUGAAAUGGCAGAAAGAAACACCUCGGAGAGUUCAAUUCGCAAAGCAGAUACAGCAACAACCGAGAGGGGAAUGGUCUUACCCUUUAGGCCCUUAUCCCUUGCUUUUGAUCACGUGAAUUACUACAUCGAUAUGCCUGCUGAAAUGAAAAAACAAGGAGUUAAAGAGAGUCGGCUCCAAUUACUAAGAGAUGUCAGUGGUGCUUUCAGGCCUGGAGUGCUGACAGCAUUAGUAGGUGUAACUGGUGCCGGAAAAACCACAUUGAUGGAUGUUCUUGCUGGAAGAAAAACUGGUGGUUAUAUUGAAGGAAACAUCAGCAUAUCUGGUUACCCGAAAAACCAAGCAACUUUUGCUCGAAUCAGUGGAUAUUGUGAACAAAAUGAUAUCCAUUCUCCAAAUAUAACGGUCUAUGAAUCUAUUGUGUUUUCUGCUUGGUUACGUCUUGGUAAGGAGGUCAAUAGAGAAAUACAAAAGAUGUUUGUUGAGGAAGUAAUGAAACUCGUUGAGCUAUAUCCUGUGAGGAAUUUCUUAGUAGGCCUUCCUGGUGUAGAUGGUUUAUCAACAGAACAGAGAAAGAGACUCACCAUUGCUGUAGAAUUGGUUGCCAAUCCUUCUAUUAUCUUUAUGGAUGAGCCGACCUCAGGGCUGGAUGCUAGAGCCGCAGCUAUUGUAAUGCGUACUGUCAGAAAUACAGUAGAUACAGGAAGAACUGUUGUCUGCACAAUUCAUCAACCAAGCAUUGACAUAUUUGAAGCUUUUGAUGAGCUGCUUUUGAUGAAGAGAGGAGGACAAAUCAUAUAUAGUGGUCCCCUUGGUCAGCAAUCUCAGAAGCUUAUAGAGUACUUUGAGGCUAUCCCGGGAGUUCCUAGAAUAAAAAAUGGAUAUAAUCCUGCCACAUGGAUGUUAGAGAUCAGUUCUCCAUCAGUUGAGUCUCAGCUUAGUGUAGACUUUGCAGAAUUGUACACUAAGUCUGAAUUGUACCAGAGGAAUCAAGAACUUAUUGAAGAGCUAAGCAUGCCAUUGCCGGGAACAAAGGAUCUUGAUUUCCCAAGGAAAUACUCCCGGUCCUUUAUCACACAAUGUAAAGCUUGCUUCUGGAAACAACAUUGUUCCUACUGGAGGAAUCCGCAGUAUAAUGCAAUCCGGUUUUUCAUGGCAAUAGCUGUAGGUGUUAUUUUUGGACUCAUUUUCUGGAGACAAGGAGAAAAAAUACACACGGAACAAGAUCUUAUGAAUAUCAUGGGAGCUAUAUAUGCAGCUAUUUUCUUUCUUGGAGCCUCCAACACUGCCUCUGUUCAACCUGUCGUUGCAAUAGAAAGAACGGUCUUCUACCGUGAAAGAGCGGCUGGAAUGUACUCAGCUCUUCCUUAUGCAUCUGCUCAGGUAGCAAUGGAAUGCAUUUAUGUUGCAAUCCAGACAUUGUCCUAUACUCUUAUCCUAUACUCAAUGAUUGGGUUCAUUUGGCAAGCUGACAAGUUCUUCUGGUUCUACUACUUCAUAUUCAUGUCCUUUGUCUACUUCACACUUUAUGGAAUGAUGACAUUGGCUCUAACACCAAACCACCAAAUUGCUGCAAUUGUUAUGUCCUUCUUUCUGGUUUUCUGGAACAUAUUCUCGGGUUUCGUUGUCCCAAAAUCGCAAAUUCCUAUAUGGUGGAGGUGGUGUUACUGGGCAUGCCCCACUGCAUGGACUAUAUAUGGGGCACUGACAUCCCAGUUUGGAGACAAAGAUACUCUUAUUGAGGUACCAGGAUAUGGAUCAAUGUCUAUAAAAGCAUACCUUGAGAAACAGAUGGACUAUGAGUAUGGCUUCCUUGGAGUUGUUGCCGUGGUUCAUUUGGUUUUUGUUGCCUUUUUCCUUUUUGUAUUUGCAUACAGCAUCAAGGCCUUCAAUUUCCAGAAGAGAUAAGUGACAUAGUAUUGAAUAUAGGAAGAAUAAAUACAUGUACAAAAAAAGGAGGGAAGAAAAUGUUUGAAAGGUUUCAGUACCAUAAAUUGCUAGCAUAGACUAGUAGCAAUGUAACUUUCAAUUCAUCUUUUCAUAUGUAGACAGGAAUUUAUUUUGUAACUAGUUAUUGGUCAUUAUUCUCGGUUUGGCACUAA